AUGGCGUUACUUUGUAAAAUGCGGGUGCUUGGUUUGAGCUCGAGCUUAUGUUCAAGUGAGGAGAAGGAAGAAGAGAUCGUUGGAGACUCCGGUCUCACACCGGUCUAUCUCAACGUCUAUGAUCUAACACCUGUCAACAAUUAUCUCUAUUGGUUCGGGCUUGGCAUAUUUCACUCUGGAAUCGAAGCUCAUGGUUUCGAAUAUGGAUAUGGGGCUCACGAGUACUCGAGCAGCGGGGUGUUUGAGGUUGAACCUAGGAGCUGUCCAGGUUUCAUCUUUAGGCGGUCAGUUUUGUUGGGAACCACCAGCAUGUCUCGCUCAGAUUUCCGCUCAUUCAUGGAGAAGCUUUCGAGAAAGUAUCACGGGGACACAUACCAUUUGAUUGCCAAGAACUGUAACCAUUUCACCGAAGAAGUAUGCUUGCAGGUAACAGGAAAGCCUAUUCCCGGAUGGAUUAAUCGGAUGGCUCGUGUAGGUUCUUUCUGUAAUUGUAUCCUUCCUGAAAGUAUACAGUUAUCAUCGGUUAGACAUCCUGAAGCACUCGAGUUCUCGGAUGAUAAUGAUGGAUCAGAAGAAUCAGUUGCAUCAUCUCUCUCAGACGAAACAGAUGGAGAAGGAUCAGAUCAUCAUCUCAUAACAGCACCAAACAGCGACAUUGCGUAUCUACAAGACAGACCAGUGCGACUUGCCCGUGAGCUCCUCCAAGAACCAACCGAUGAAUCUCCUCAGUACUUGCUGAAGCGAUCUUGA